AUGGCGAAUAAUAGGGCUUCGUCAUACACGCAAGCUACGACAUCGACGGAUGAUGAGGAGAAGAAGGAUAUGUGGUCGUCAAUGUUGGAUGGAGUAGCGAGUGGGAAACGAUUACCGGAGAAGAAUAUCCUUGUGCUAGGAGGGACUACCGAUUCGCAAAGAGAAUUUCUAGAAGCUUUGUCGGUGGAUGAGACCAAAAAAUCACAGGAUAGACAGAGUAGCAAACAGCCUCCUAUUGCAAACAACUUUGCUUUGGGAUACACAUAUCAUAAUGUUUUGGAUGCGGAUCAUGAAGAUAUCUUGGCUCGAUUAUCCUUAUAUUUACUCGCCGAUCCUUCACCCUCUUUCACACCUCUAAUGCAACCGCUUCUUACACCGCAAACGAUCCCAAAUACACUCAUUGUCAUUCUACUAGACUGGUCACAACCAUGGUUCUGGCUGAGAGAGCUGCGAGACUGGAUAUGUCUACUGCGACCGUUACUGAUAUCUCUGGACGAGGACUGUAAAGAGAAAAUGGAGGAGGUUAUGAUUAGUUGGAGGGAUAGAGGGCGAGGUGGGAGUACUUUGGAUGGCGGAGGAAGUACUGCUACUGAGGGAGAUGUUAGUCUGCCUUUGGGUCCUGGAGAAUGGGAAGAAGCUCUGGGUUUACCACUAUGUGUGGUUUGUCAAAAUUCUGACAAAAUCGAAACGCUGGAGAAAGAACGGUCCUGGAGGGAGGAUGAAUUUGACUUCGUCCUGCAGUCUUUACGUACAAUUCUACUUAAGCAUGGUGCAUCCCUCAUAUACACAACACCAGGAGUUACAAGUCCCCUGCAAGGCCUGAUACACUCCUCUCUCGGCAUCCACUCUCUUCUUAAACGACAACCUAUCAGGCACAAUGUCAUUGAUCGCGACAAGGUAGUCGUGCCGCCGAAUUGGGAUUCCUGGGGCAAAAUUCGAGUAUUGCGCGAAGGUUUCGAUGUAGAAGAAGUGAACAAAGGCUGGUCACUCGACAUUGAAGAAGAUUCAGGAACCAUGACCAAUGGUGACGGUACGGCAUCACAACCAGAAGAGCCUACAUCUGAAGGUGCGGUAUCAGCAUACGAAGAAGUCAUUCGGGACCCUAGUCUCGAUGCCUUACAAGCGACAUCUGCAGAAUCACUCAGUCGUAAGCUGGAAGUGUCUAGUCUUGAUGCUCAGAGUUUUCUGGCUUCUCAAAUCGAGGUCUUACAUACAAUAAGUCAGGGACCAGAUGUCUCGAGCGUGGAUAGUAGCCGUUUGGUCAAUGGUCGCAAGGUGUCAAGUGAAUAUGGGAAUGGCGAGGAGAAGGCAUCGGAUGAAGGAAGAGUUAGUGAACAUAUUGGACCAGUGCAAUUCAAUAUGGGUGGUAUUCAGGUCGAUGCCGAUGAUAUGUUGCAAAGAUUAAGGGAUCGUCAAGCAUAUUCUUCACCAGAGCCAACAACUCCAGGCUCUCGUUCCGAUCCAUCAGCAGAAGGCAAAGUUCAAAACGAAGCAUUGGCAUCUUUCUUUGCCGGACUAAUGAAACGAGGUGGGAGCGCGCAAAAUAGUCCUAAACCAGGAGCUUCGUCCUGA